GAAGAGGAGGAGAGAGGCAGAGGGAGAGACGGGUGGGGUGCUUGGAUGUACACGAACAUGCCAGGAGGAGAGUGCGUGGACGAGCGAUGACAGCCAUGCUGAGCCCAAAGAUCAGACAGACCAGGAGAGCCCGGUCCAAGAGCAUGGUGAUGGGCGAGGUGUCGCGGGGCCCGUGCCGCCCGGCCUCCCCCGGCCUCCAGGAGGGGGCUCUGAAGGCUGGCUGGCUGAAGAAGCAGCGCAGCAUCAUGAAGAACUGGCAGCUCCGCUGGUUCGUGCUGCGCUCAGAUCAACUCUUCUUCUACAAAGACGAGGACGAAACCAAACCGCAGGGCUGCGUUCCUCUGCAGGGGUGCCAGGUCAACGAGCUCACAGCUAAUCCGGACGAACCAGGAAGACACCUCUUUGAGAUUGUACCAGGUGGAACAGGAGAGAAGGACCGGGCGCCGGUCAGCCAUGAGUCCUUCCUGCUCAUGGCGAAUUCCCAGACAGACAUGGACGACUGGGUCAAGGCCAUUCGACGGGUCAUCUGGGCGCCGUUCGGAGGAGGGAUAUUCGGCCAGCGUUUAGAGGACACGGUGCAGUAUGAGAAGAAGUUUGGCCCCCGGCUGGCCCCCCUGCUGGUGGAGCAGUGUGUGGACUUCAUCAGGGACAGGGGAUUGGAUGAGGAGGGUCUCUUUCGGAUGCCGGGACAGGCCAACCUGGUCAAAGAGCUGCAGGAGGCCUUCGACUGCGGCGACAAGCCUCUGUUUGACAGUAAUACUGACGUCCACACGGUAGCAUCCUUGCUGAAGUUGUACCUGCGAGAGCUGCCUGAACCAGUCAUUCCCUUCUCCAAAUAUGAAGACUUCCUGACCUGUGCACAGCUUUUGGCCAAAGAUGAGGAGGAGGGGGUCCAGGAGCUGGGAAGGCAAGUUAACACUCUACCUCUACCCAACUACAAUCUCCUCACGUACAUAUGCAAAUUCCUUGAUGAAGUCCAGUCCCACUGCGGCGAGAACAAGAUGGGCGUCCAGAACCUCGCCACAGUAUUCGGACCAAAUAUCCUUCGACCCAAGAUGGAGGACCCGGUCACUAUCAUGGAAGGUACUUCUCUGGUCCAGCACCUGAUGACAAUCCUCAUUAGGGAACACAACCGCUUUUACUCAGGGAGGGACCAGGAGGGAUUAUUCACCGUAACCCAAACAGAGCUCGCUGUGCAGGGGCACCAGCUCCAGCACCGCAGCCUGGGACCCUGGAUCUCAGAGGAAGACCUCCAGAGCUGCCCGGUGUCCAACCCCGACCAAGAACUGCACAGCAGUGCCUCUUCUCUGGACGCCAAACUGUGUGCAGCCGUCACUCCCACCCAGACCCCGAACAUGAACCCUGGACCAAAACUGGGGUCUCCAUCAGGGAAAGGAGAGAUGGUGGUCAGCCCGAGUAAACAAUCCAAGAACAUACCUUCCUGGAAAUACUCUUUUAAAAGCUCCUCUGCGCCUCGUUCCCAGCCGCAAGGAAAGCAAAGCAGCAGUGGCAGCUCUGUGGCUGAUAUUAGUGUAUCUUCCAGUGGGGGAGGAGGUGGAGGUGGAGGUAACUGGCUCAUAAAUGGGUUGUCCUCCUUGAGGGGACACCGGCGCACAUCGUCAGGCGAGCGAUCCGCCCGCGAUCGUGACUCCACGGGCUCCUCACAGAGACUGUCCACCUACGACAACGUCACGUCUUCCUCGAGCAUGGGGAGCGUUCCCAGUGUUGCCAGCACACCGUGGUCCACUUCCUCCUGCGAAAUCUCUGUCCCCGACUCAGGCAGUGAGCCCUCAGCCAACCAGAACUGCGCAGGAGGGGAUGACGGUGGGGAAAAAGGGGAGUGGAUGGAGAGCCAGAGGGAGAUUGACAGAGGAAAGGAUGGAGGGAUGAUGGCAGACCUGAGCUCUGAGCAGGACAGCUGUGAGGCCAUGGAGCUGUGCAGUAGCAGCGCAGCCUGCAGUGAGAAUGGAAACAUGGCCAUGGCGGCCGGGGUGCCGUCCAUCAUCAUGUCCGAGGAUGGAGACGGGACAAAUCUGUCACUGAGCAGUCUGGUGGAGGGACUGAAAGACGAGUUGAGGAAACAGAAGACUGCUUACGACGACAGGAUCCAAAAGCUGGAGGAGUCCAGUACUGCCCUGUGUGCACAGAUGGAGCGUUUGGAACAAGAGAUGGAGCAGGAAAGGAAAAAGCAACGCAUGCUGGAGAUCAAACUACGGAACUCGGAGCGGGCGCGGGAGGACGCGGAGAACCGCAACCGGCUUCUUGAGAAGGAGAUGGAGGAUUUCUUUUCCACGCUGGGAGAUCUGGCCCUGGGUGCGAGGACUAGUGAUAUUUGAUACGACAUCUGUCUGUGGACAAAACUGUCGGGGUUUGUAUUUCGGGGGUGUUGGGUGUCUUUCAAGGGCUCACGUCCUCCUAACUGAUCAGGGGGUUCCUUUAAAAGAAAAAGAAAAAACUCGAAAAUAAAGGAACCGGCCAUAUUUGUGUACAUUCAGGACAAACUAUAUAUGGAGAAAUUCUGAAGGCGAAAAUAUCAAACUGACUGUGUGGUCCUUGUCAAUCAUCUCCAUUGAGUGGUUUUGAGUUUCUCGCGCAUGCUUGGACAUUAAGAUAAGAUGGCACUCGUGUGACGACACUCCUUGAUGAGUCCAGGGUUUGUCUUGUGAAGGCAGUAUUAGUUCAGGUGUCUGUAUGUGACCGGUGGAACAUAAUGUACUUUCUUUGACAUUCUCUAUACUGGAGAGCACUGACUUUGUCAACCACUACUUCACAAAGACGUUACAUGAAUGGAUUGUGCUGAGACUGCUUGACUCAUUAGCGACGUUUAAAGCAGACAGCUGACUGAUAUUUAUCUUUAUGUGAUAUUUAUCUUUAAGGAAUAGUGCUACAUUUCGGGAUUUACACUUAUUUGCUUUCUUCCCAAGAGUUAAAUGAGAGGUUUGAUACCACUCUCAUGUCUGUAGGAUUAAUAUGAAGCUAGCUACGUUAGCCUAGCUUAACAUAAAGACAGAAAAUGGGGAAGGAGCUAGCAUAGCCUGUAAAUGUGCUAACACUUCUAAAGCUAACUUAUUAACAUGUUGUAUCUUGUAUAUUUAAUUCUUACAAAAACAAAGUGUAAAAACUACUUUUUUCUUCUUACUAUGGGCAGUGCUAGGCUAACUCGUCCCACUGUUUUCUAUCUUUAUGUUAAGCUAGGCUAACACUUCCCACUGUUUUCUAUCUUAAUGUUAAGCUAGGCUAACUCUUCCCACUGUUUUCUAUCUUUAUGUUAAGCUAGGCUCACUCUUCCCACUAAUUUCUAUCUUUAUGUUAAGCUAGGCUAACUCUUCCCACUGUUUUCUAUCUUAAUGUUAAGCUAGGCUAACUCUUCCCACUGUUUUCUAUCUUUAUGUUAAGCUAGGCUAACACUUCCCACUGUUUUCUAUCUUUAUGUUAAACUAGGCUAACUCUUCCCACUGUUUUCUAUCUUUAUGUUAAGCUAGGCUCACUCUUCCCACUAAUUUCUAUCUUUAUGUUAAGCUAGGCUAACUCUUCCCACUGUUUUCUAUCUUAAUGUUAAGCUAGGCUAACUCUUCCCACUGUUUUCUAUCUUUAUGUUAAGCUAGGCUAACGCUUCCCACUGUUUUCUAUCUUUAUUGUAAACUAGGCUAACACUUCCCACUGUUUUCUAUCUUAAUGUUAAGCUAGGCUAACACUUCCCACUGUUUUCUAUCUUUAUGUUAAACUAGGCUAACGCUUCCCACUGUUUUCUAUCUUUAUUGUAAACUAGGCUAACACUUCCCACUGUUUUCUAUCUUUAUGUUAAGCUAGGCUAACUCUUCCCACUGUUUUCUAUCUUUAUGUUAAGCUAGGCUAACGCUUCCCACUGUUUUCUAUCUUUAUUGUAAGCUAGGCUAACCAGCUGCUUGCUGUAGCUUCAUAUAAUUCCUACGUCAUAAAGCAGUGACCAUCUUCUUAUCUAACGCUCAGCGAUAACACAAAUAUAUUUCCUAAACUGUAAAGCUAUACCAUUGUAGGGUCAGUUCAACCAAAUUUAAAAAACAAACAUGUUCUCACUUGCCUGUAAUGUUAGCUAGGUAUGCCAAUUGCUUUAUUCUUGUCAGCCUUCAACAAACGAAAGAGUUUUGUGAAAGAGUAAAAGGCCUUUAACAGGUUUACUUUUUCUGUAAAGAGAUUUUGCUGAAUUGGAUGUUUUUAAUGUAGUUUUUAAUGGUGUGUGCACCAGAAACAACAUUCAAAUCACCUCCAUGUUAUUAAAUAAAACCUAAAUCAUUUGCAUAGCUAGACACCACUCGAGGUAAUUGAGAAAAUAUGUUAUUUGUCAUCUGAGUGAACUGACUUAAACUGUGGUCGCUUCAGCAGAAGUUCCUCCGCUUGCAUUUAUCCUCCUGUCCUGUAUUUGUGCUGCAGACAUUUUCUCUCUGGAUGUUUUACUGUAGAAUCAAGUUUUAAUAUCUUAACACAAAAUCAAAAAAACUGAUUUUCCAAGCCAAUUAUUUGGAGCAACAUUGAAGCAGUAAUAGGUGGAAGCUCUGCACACAGCUGCCUCUGUACUUUCUUUUUCCUCAGGCCCUUCCAGUGCCUCUGCGCCUCGUCUGCAUCUGCAUGGUGUUCAUGUCCAUUUGAUGGCAAAGCCUCAGUCUUCGGUUCACUCCGAUCCUCACAGAUGUCAAUAUACCUUUAAUGUACGGAUAACACAACAGGGACUAUGAAAACUAUUAUGUAAGCAUUUUCAAACGUAGCCCAUGCUGCCUAGGACACAGGACACGUGGCUCGGAAGGUGAAGGCCAUUUACAGUACACAGUAAAUACCAAAGCUGGACCGCCUCAGCUGUUCGCUCUCUAAAGAUGGCCUUCCUGGAAGCCAUGUUGAUUUUGGCACAUGAAGCUGAACACUGCCCUCAAAGAAACAAUGGAAUUUCCUGGUUGUGCCUUCAGGGAAGUGUUUUUAAAUAGGAAAAAUGUAGUGUUGCUUGCUUGUCCAGAGAUGUAGUGCAUAUAUUCGCCCAUAGUACACACAGUGGCUGCAUUGUUUUGUUUUUAUAUGGCAACAAACUGCUGAAGAUGAAUACCUUGAUCUCCCUAGAAGGUGCCAAUUCUUGUGAAAGUGAAUUGUGAAUUGAAUGGAAGUUUUGAAUUAAGAAUGUAUCAUUGUCGUGAAUGUAAAGUGUUGUUGAUGAAACCAGCCCUAUGAAAAAAAAAGGUAAACGACUACCAGUUCUAAUAUUAUAACCACUGAUGGUGUUCAGUCCCUGACUUCAAUCGUCUUACUUUAACUGGACACGUGAUAUAUUUUGGGAUGUAUCACACAGACCUACGUCACAGCAGGUAGCUGUGAUGUGCUCUGGUCCAUUAGUACGUUUCCAAAAUGAAGAGUUGCAGAUAUCUCUUGUGAGAAUUGCAUGUUGUUGAAAAUUACUUUUCUUUUUAGCAUCUUAUCACCAAAUCAGAAGAAUGUCCAGAAGUGAUGCUCGUUUCUUAAAGGGCCAGACACACAGUAUAAAUACAAGUGAAAGUAAGUCUUGGUUAGACAAUGUGACUGUAUUUCUUUCUUUUUAUAUUUUAUAAAGAAACAUAAAGCCAAUGUUCUUACAUUACCCUCUUUAAUUGCACAGGUUUACAAGGUAGCUGUCCUCCAGUUCACAAUAAGAUGGUUUAAAUGUAUUGCAGGUUCUUUGAUUCCAACAGAGGCGUUUAUUUCCCUUUAUGUGUGUCAUGACUAAGGCUAAAUGUUUCUUACUGCUCUGCUGAUUAUCUAUGGUGCUUAUUUAUUAUGGAUUUACACUAUUGUAAUGAAUGGACAUGUAUGGGAAUAAAGGUGACA